AUGACGAUGUCCCACCAGCCCCGACGACUCAAAGACCGUGAGCCAGCAGUGGCGCCGCUGCAGACCCCGGAGCCGGCUCUCGUGGACCACAAGCAAGAUGCCGCCAAUUUUGCGGCUUACUUAGCUGGUAACAGCAAGAAGAGCGUUGUUGCUACAUCUCGAGUCGACCUCGGUCGCAUUGACACGAGCUCGGAUACGAUCGACCCUCUUCGAGUCGGCACCGCGUUCAACGCGCCGGGGGAGGUGGAUGUAUGCGCCGCACGGACUCGCGCGCCCGACUCAGCACGGUUCUCGUACUCCCCUCGCCGAACCUCUAACGGGUUCAACGACGACAAAGGAUGCUCUUGCAACGCCACCCCAUCUCUGAGCUGGUCACCUACAUCACAUUGUAGCUCCUCCAUCUUCUCGACCCCUUUUGAUUCUUGGACGCCCCCUCUGGCCAUGCCCACCGUCGCAACCGACCAGGCUGGCCGAGAUUCUCUCGCCCAACCGCAAGCGAACGGCAGUGGCUCCUCACCGCGAUCGACGGCAGCGCUGCCUUCCACGCCGUUGCAUGUCGACCCCCUCGACGUGAAUGCCACCUUGACUGAAGGCCGGGCCCCGACGUCACCAUUGUUGCGAACACCUUCUGGCUUUGAGUUUGUGGACCUUGGCGACCGAUCCUCAAUGGGUGACAGCCGCCCGCGAUGCUUGUGAGUGCCUCCCCAAGUUCAGGCGCCACGCUUUUGGAAGGGGCUCGAGCGACCCUUCUCCGCGCGCGCCCCUUUUCAUAUCGUCCGCGUGACCACGGCGCUUGGGAAAAUUGUUUGUGGGUUCAGCAAUGUGCUAACAUCGAUCCCUUUCCAAAAACGUUUUUGCAGUGAUUGGGAAGUCUACGGUCCCGACUCUCCUCAGUCCCUGAACUUGACGCACGCGAGCAAGCAAUGUUUCAAGCGGCGGCUCGGGCCCACCGAAGUAUCGUACUACCUUGGGAGUCGAGGAGAGGGCGUUGAGAGCGGUGUCAACGACAUGUACCUUCACAUCGGCUUCCGUGCCGAGUCGCAUCUAAUGGUCACCGAGCGGCUGCUCAACAUCUGGACCGAGAUGACCUUGCGACACCAGCUUCUUGCAAGUUCGGUCGAAUACCACGACGUGCACGAGAUCCGCUUCGUGUGAGCCCAAAUUACUGUCGGACAAAGAGUGCUUCAACUAAAUUUUUAGGUUCACAAACUAUCAUAAUGCAGUUACGAGCCCCCAACAAGUAUGGCCGAGGCCAGAAGGAAGGCGAAGUCGCUCAUGGAGCUCAGGACCAGACAAGAUCCCAAAGGUUGGUCAGAGUCUCUAUGCUUAUUCACUAUGCUCUGGAACUGACUUAAUUAUCAUGUCAAACUCAGCUCUCCUGGAUACCUACCUCAACGGGGAUCGCACGCUGUCGGAUGCGCGCCUGUCUUAUCUCAUCUUCAGCACGCCCGAUGCAUCCUUUGAUGCCGCGACCGAGCAAGAGUACGACAUGUACCUCUUCAGCACUCAUUUCCUCGGUGACGGCAUGGCUUUGCACACGACUGCAAACGAAAUUUUCACUUUGCUCGCCGACAACGCUGACGCCGCAGAGGGAGCUGCCGCGGUGAAGAAUCUCGAGGCGGUCUUGCGGGAGCAGGUGGUAAAACCUAUCUUCCCCGAGAUGGCGAGUGUCGUCGAAGAUACCGCCGACGAAGGGGCUGCGUCCUCAGCGUUCCCUGUCGAAAAGUUAGCUCAAGCCAUGGAGGCGAAGCUGGUCACACCGGAGGGAUGGGGUCGAAUGGCAUGGGCCGGAGCUCGGGUCGAAUACAACCAGAGUCAGGCCAAGUUGAUCGUGAGUUGAGAGCGUGGUGGCCUGAUGUCAGACGUGAUGAAAUCUCCUGACGCAGUCCACUCUUGCCUUGCAUUCUAUAGGGAGGUCACGCAUUCCCUCGCGCCAAGCUUGGAGAGCGCAAGACGCUCGUGUCGACCGUCGCUUACGAUACCGCCAAGACCAAGAAGAUCCUGAGCAACUGCAAGACCCACGGUACCACCAUUUCUCAUGCCGUCUUCUCUCUCUCAAAUCUGGCUUACAUUAGAUCGACGCCUCAACGCGACGUGGAGUUGCCCGUCAUGAUCUACUCGGCGCUCAACAUGCGAGGCAAUCUCACCAAGGCCGACGACGACUGGUAUCACAUCGCCAUCGGGUACUACAACAUUAUUCUGCCUUCGUUUUUGCCCUCCACCAUCUCGGUCGAGCGAACCUUCUGGCAUCGGAGCUCGGUCGUCCGCAAGCAGACUUCGGCCGUGGUCAAGGGCAGGUGGCUCGCCCCGCGCAGCAAGCUCAUGGCCCUCGAACGCGAGCGACGCAGCAUUGGCUUCGAGAGAGAGGACGAGCGGCGACGUCAGCAGAAGCUGGCAUUAGCAGAGUUGCCGAGCCAACUCCAAGGUCUCGGUAUCUCCUUCGAAGACGAUGCCACAGAGUCGAAGUUGGCGAGCAACCUGGCAAAGACACUCGGCCCUGUGGCCCCGGUUGUCACUCCUCAACUCGCCGAGUCGACGACUUCACCAAAAGCACCGAGCACGGCUUUAAUGGGCUUAUCGAUGCUCGGCAACCUCGACGCCAUUUAUGUGCACAAGGACUACCACGGCAUUCAAAUGCACACUCUCACAACUGGAUCGCGGCAACGAGCGGGGGCGAUUCUCCUUUUCGCAUACACUUUCGUCGGCAAGCUGUGGCUUUCGCUCGGCUACGACUCGAACGGCUUCCAGCAGGGUGUCAUCGAAUCGUGGUGGACCGAGAUGCAAAAGGGUGUCGAUGAGCUUCUUUUGCCGAGUAAUUGA